AUGGAAGCACCAGGCAACAACCAGAUGCCAAUCCAGUGUAGAUCUGGUUGCGGGUUCUUUGGGACUACAGCUACAGACGGCUACUGCUCCAAGUGCUACAAGGACUACUUGAAGCGGCAUCAGGCGCCGCCGUCUGCGAAUCCUUCAACCGCCUCCUCGUCGUCCGUGUCUUCCGGGUUCUCGACCGAGUCCAGGAUGGAAUCGCCCGUGAUUCCUCAGGGCUCUCCUGCAAGUAUGCAGAAGGAAGACGACACGAAGGGGCAUUCGGAAGAAGUUGCCAGUGCAGCAGCAGUAGCCUGUGCAGACAUAAUCGAUGAGGACAUUGCCAACCGUGCUGCAGAAGCUACCUCUAGUGCAGACCUGGACGCCGUUGAUGCAUCGGGAGCUUCCAGUGAUGAUGGGUCUGACAAGAAGAAGAAAAACCGCUGUGGGGUGUGCAAAAAGAAAGUCGGCCUCACAGUGACUGAAAACGUAGGAUGUAGUGAAAAGUGGUUUGUCAUGAUGGAAGAAUCAAAAACCCUCUUAUGGGUCGGCAACAUAGACGUUCGACUGAGCGAGUACAAACUACUUCGGGUGGUUGAGAGAUUCGGAAAGCUGUCCAAGUUCGACUACCUCCUGCACCAGCGUGGGCCAGAUGCGGGGAAGCCGCGCGGUUAUGCUUUCAUUGCUUACGAGCGAGCCGAGGAUGCUGCCAGAGCUUUGGGCCAGCUCAACGGGUUCCGAUUCGGGGAUAGGUGUCUGAGCGUGCACCUGGCCAACAAUGAGAGAGGCGGUGAUGUCGGGGACGGUGAGGCCAGGGGCGGAGACCAUGUGAAGAGAAGACCGACGACUUCAUCACAUUCGCAGAAUUUGAGCUCAGGAAGAAUCUCGAAAUCAAGGCCCAAAUCGCCCAACACCACGAGGAAGAUGCAAAUUGCAGCAAUUGAGGCGAAAUUAAAAUCUCUGGAUGCCACCUCAAGUCCGCCUGUCGUCAACUUCCGCUCGGGUGGUUUGCGACGAAACGUACCGCAACAUCGGACUGGACACCCAGCGAAUAACUACCAAAGACGCUGAACAAGACUUUUUUCCUCAUCUUCUUUCUUUUUUUGCUUUUAAAAUCCAGUUUCAAGUUUACCUAUACUAUACAGUACUAUAAACGCAAAUAUGGAAAUUUUUUCCCGAAUAUUCUUACCUUUUCCAUUUGAAGUUCCGGUCAAGUCCUUUUUCUCCUGCCACAGUUUUUCUUCCAUUGUGGACAGUAUUUAUGGGGGACAUGAAACGAGUUCGUCUCAUUACCUCAUUUUUUUGCUCGCUCUCUUGCAAGUACUGAGCGAUUUGCCAAUAUGCUUGCAGCAAGCAUUUCUGCUUGACUGUUCUUCCGUCUUGUCGCGUUAUUAGAGGAGGUAAUUUGUGAUGAUACUCGUGAAUCAUGGGAUGUUAAUACAAGUUUUUUGUCACCUGCA